AUGAGGGUUUCCAGAAAGAAACCUCAGCGCCAACCAUCAAAGGACGUGUCUGACGUCACUCACCCGCGCCGGAUCCCGUCCCCGUAUUUCCGGUUCCGAGGCAGCGAGCGGAGGAGCCGUAGAAGUCCUAGAGCCGACGGGCCAAUUGCAGAAGAGGCGGCGAUGGCGGCGGCGAUGGCGCUUGGCAAGGUCUCCCGGGGUCUGGCGGCCGCGGCUCCGCGGGCCGGGCUGAAGAGGUUCCUGUCAGCGGCGGCCGCGGCGGGGCACGGAGAGUCCGGGUCGGCUCGUACAUGGAAGAUCCUCUCCUUUGUGGUUGCUCUCCCUGGAGUUGCUGUCUGCAUGCUGAACUGCUACCUGAAGGCUCAGAAGGAGCAUGAACGGCCACCAUUCAUUCCUUACGCACACCUUCGUAUCCGGACCAAGCCCUUCCCUUGGGGUGAUGGGAACCACACUCUUUUCCACAACCCACAUGUUAAUCCUCUCCCAACUGGCUAUGAAGAUGAGCAUUAGGCAAGUGGAUCACAACAGCACCAUGGACCACUUAAGGUAGCUGGACCAGAACCCAGGCUGGGAUCCACAGUUCUGCAUUCCUUGUACUGUCAGAUUAUGAAGGCUUCUGACCUCUACAACCUGUACAUUCCGAGGUCACCUAAAAAAAUAAAACUAUUCCAUCCCA